AUGCAGCAGCAAAGAAAGCAGCAGCAGCAGCGCCAGAAGCAAGAACAGCAGCAGCAGCAGCAGCUAAAUCAGCAGCAACAGCUCAAGACAGAACUGCAGCAGCAGCAGCAGCAGCAGCAGCAGCAGCAGCACCAGCAGCAGCAGCACCAGCAGCAGCAGCAAGAAGAGCAGCAACAGCAGCAGCAGCAAGAGCGACACCAGCAGCUGCACCCAUUCCAGCAGCUGCUGCAGCAAGAGCAGCCCCGGCUGCUGCAGCAACAGCAGCACCACAUGCAGCAGCAGCAGCAGCAGCAGCAAAAGCGGCAAAGACACCGCAGCAGAAAGCUGCAGCGCCAGCACGCCACGCAGCAGCAGCAGCAACAGCAGCAGCAGCACCAGCAGCAACAGCAACAAAAACAGCAGCAGCAGCAACAGCAGCAAGAAGAGCAGCAGCAGCAGCAGCACCGUCUUCAGCAGCAGCAGCAACAACAGCAACAAAAACAAACACAAACGCAGCAGCAGCAACAGCAGCAACAAAGGCAGCAGCAACAGCAGCAACAAAAGCAGCAGCAGCAACAACUGCAGCACCAGUAG